CACCUUUUGAUGCUUGGAACCCAACUUGUAUGAAAUGUAGGGAUAAUACACGUUUUUUUGUGUAUUAACGUCUGUAGAAGCCCGCGGGUUUGUUAGUGACCGAGACCGAAGGUUACAAUCUAACAGAAGGGCAGCUGGCAUAAUGCUUAGAACGGGACAGAUUUUUAUUUAGGUAUCAUAAAAUUAGGAUAGAUAUCAUUCGGAAAAAAUAAAUAAAGUAAAUAAUUUAUCAUCAUACUAUAUCAUGUGCUCUGUGCGUAAAUUCAAAUACUAUACACAAGGUGGAAUAUUUAAUCUGAAUGUCAUCUUUUUCUUUUCAGAAACAUAUUUCUAAAGCAACUUACUUGAAUAUGGCUAGAAAUUUUCAAGGAUAUCAUCUUAAUCUUUUAAUAGGGUCACUACUGAUGUAAUAUUCGGUAUCGCAGGAAACACCACGUGUGCUUGAUAUUGGUUGAUGGAUAGAUCUAUGGUUUUAAGAAGACCAACCAAGAUAUAGAAAUUUAACAUGAUGGAAAUGUUGAAGCAGUACGUAUGGGCAUGAAUUGCAAAUAUUAUGAAUUCCUUUUUAAACGAAGACAGUCAUGUCAAUGAUUUACACGGAGCUUCGUACCAAAUUGCAUAGAUCUUAGAGAUAUCUAAGAAACACCAUUCAACUAAAGAACACUUUUAUUGUUAAAAUGUUUGCUAUUUGUAAUUGACAGUCAAUUAGUAGACCUACGCCACACUAGCAUUUUAUUUCGGUAUUACAUUGCUACAGUGGGAGAAUUUGAAUCGGUAGUGAAGGCCGUUGACUAUAUAGGGUAUUCACUAGGUUCAGUGGAAGUGUCAGCUCUUGCUUUAAUUGCAGUCUCCUUGAACUCGUUCAAGGUAUGUUCCUUGAUGUUCAGUUGAACAGUUUGGGUCAUCGGUUAAAAUUCAGCUACGUCAUCGUGUAUAUUAUCUACCUGUUCUAGAUAAGCGACAAACUUCUGUUUUCCUGCAUAAACCCCUCCUUGAUUUUUCCUCACUAAUGAACAUCCUUGUAAACAUAUAUAGGUUUUAUAUGAAGGACGCUUUUAAUUCUAUGCUGGUUUUCUUCUUCGUGCUCGCUUCUGCUUCUGCUUUCGUUAGGUUAGUGUUUAGAUAUUUUCUCUGGCAGUUCGUGUUUUGCUUCCUCCGGUGAUUCCUUGAAACUUUUUCUAAGUUGUCUAAGACUCUGUUUGCAAAUCGUAGUUACUGGCCUCUAACUGGGUCAAACCUCCCCUUUGCUAUAGUGUAUGUAAUGAUGAAUAGUGCUGCAUUCAUCCUUCUCACAUUUCCUUGUAAGGAUAAUUCAAGUAUUGCAUCAAGGUCAUUGCUUAACAGCUUCAAAUAAAACCUUUCAGAAAAUGAUUUUGAAGCAUAAAAUUAAUUCAUUUAUAAUUAUGAUUUUUAGGAUUAUCCCUUAAAUACGGGAACACAUUUGCCCAAGAGCAAAAAAUCGGCUCGGGUUCACAUGUCUAUACAUUGCCAUACACUUGGCAUAAAUGCACCGCUCAACUCAUGUUAUUUUACAUUGACUUCCUACAAAGGUGGCUAACUAACUCAAUCUGAUUGAAUAUGUUCACGAGAAGCUAUGAAAUGUGCAACAUGAAUUUCAAUAUAGGGUAGAUGAAAUUCAUAAAGGACUUAAUCUCGCAACUACAAUUGUUGACGAUUUGAUCGUGUUUGACCGCUCUUAAACGAAACAUGAUACAAAAAGAAAUAUAUUUAACCCAGAAAAAAUGUAAGUUUGCUAUAUCUUUUGGUCGUGUAUUGAUUUCUGAUAGCAUCAAACCUGAAGACAAAAACCCAUGUCAUAAAAGACAUGUCUCCUCCUCCUUCCAACAAACAUGAGUCUGAAAUGAUUUUGCAGACGAUUAAAUUAUCUUGUAAAAUUAGUUCCCAAAACAGUGGACCUUUUGGUCGAUAGACUUAGUAGGAAACAUCUGCGGCUAUAAUAUUCAGAGGAACGUAAAUUUGCAUAAUGUUAUAUCGAACACUGCAAUGUCGAGAGACAAAUUCGAACAAGUGUGACAGGUCACUCAGGCAGAUUCUCAAUUUAAGAUUGUUAUCAGUGCAGGCCUGAUCGAAUGACGAUCAGUGUUCCUCUACCAUAUAGUAAAAUACUGGAACCAUACAGCUUAUCGCCGGCUGAAUGUUACAGUGCUCUAUGUCCAUUUAAAAAUAAACUGAAUGUGACGUAAUGCAGUGUUCUCUGCCCUCUAUUCACUUAUAUGUCAAAAUCUUUAUCGUUGUUGGAGUUAUGGGCAAUUCAUUUUUGUUCUUUCUUCUGAAACACCAUUUCUCUAAAUCUUAUAAUUUUCAAAAUCCCAUGAUGACCAGUCGGAAUAUUUCGUAGUGUGUCAUGUCACAAUCAUUUCCGAAACAUGCAUAAGGAAAUUUAAGUCUACGGUAAAGAUGAAUCAUUUUUGCUUCUUGGAAAUUUACCAUUACCUUUAUUUUCUUUCAUUUCAAGUAACAUCCGUCGUCUUUGAAAUAUAGCCAUACAAUAAUAAUAUAGAUGCCAAAAUCUUAUAACUGGACGUUUUUGCUCAUACAGAAGUUAGACACAGAACACUACAGCAUUCAGUCGACCUUAUAUAUACCGACGGAAUUGUGUUCAGAGGUUACUGUAUAUAAAGACAUUGUGAUAUUAAAUGAUAUCCAUUAUACAUCAAGGUGACAUGGCUGCCGACAAAUGUGUAAACCUAGCUUGUGGUAAAUUAUAUUUUGACACUGCCUGUCAACAGAACUAUCGCAGACAUGGUGUAUCAGAAAGGAGCCUUCAAACGAGAUACAUAGGCAGGAAUAUUGUCCACAAAUCUGUUACAGUAACUACUAUGAAUGAUGCCGAGCACGGAGCCAGACAAGGUGAUCCUAAUGGUACAGUAUAUAUAGCUGAAAGAAUGACAGGGGCUCGUGGUACUAAAGGUAGAAGCUGGAUAGCUGAAAGUACUGGAAACCUCUACAUGUCUUAUGUAUUGCAUAUGGAACUACCAGAGGGUGAAGAUCCUACGAUAGACCGAUAUAGAGAAUUUGACAUUGAUGUUGCCGGAGCAAUCGCUUCAUUGCAAGCUUUAAAAUCAUUUGGCUUAAAUGGAGUCAAGGUCAAAUGGCUCAAUGAUCUUUGGAUUACAGGGCAUAAACUCCUUGGUGCGCUUACAGAAUAUAAAGGCAAAGUAAAAGUUAAAUUAAAGGAAUACCAUCUGUACAUUCUUGGUCUUGGUUUAAACGUUAAUUGUGACAUGCGUAGGGAUCCAGCUAUGCAUGAAAUAUCAACCAGUGUCAUGUGUGAGCUGGGCCACAGUGUAUCUAGAGAGGAACUGUUUUCCAAAAUUUGUAAUAAUCUUGAGCCUCUGUUGAAAAUGGAUAGAAUGGAAUUGUUGAAACUUUACAAAAUACACGAGGCUAUAAAACCUGGAGAUCUUAUGAACGUGUAUAAACUGAAUGAAAUAAAGGCUUACACUUUUGGAGGGGUUAAAAAGGACUGGUCUGUGGAUGUGAAAGAUGAGAAUGAUGAAUCCUUCAACUUCUCAUGUGUGGAGGUUUCUCUGCGACCUGUUCCGGUGAAAACUGUUUAUGUUGUAAAUGGCCCAGAUAUAGAAAAAUGGAGUACUGAAUUGAUACUGAAGACAUGUAACGCUCUUGUUGAUACCCAGAGAUAUGAAGUGGCAACCAUUACAACAGAAAACAUUAGCUCAGAGAAUCUUUCAUCUUGUGCCUUGGUUGUGAUUGGCCAACUUAAAAGCACGCCCAAAACCUCAGUAUAUUUGUCCAGGGUUUUGGAUUACAUUAAGAAAGGAGGCUCCUGUUUGACAAUCGGAAAUGCAUGCUCUUUAUUUCAAAUAAAUAAGGAUGUCUGUUUGAAAGAUCGACAGUUUGCUCAAUAUCAAGAACAGGUUCCUUCUGUUAUAAAAACAGAUGUGCGUGGCAAGUCUUUUUCAGUGAAAUCAAACAUCAAUUUAUGUUUAUUUCAUGAAUAUUGUCAGUAUUCUACAGUGCGCUAUGAAUCUGCAAGAGUUCUUGCAAGUCGACAUUUUGAAACGGCAAGUGAUAACGCAGAAGAUAAGAAAGCAAAUGGUUGCAAACAUUGUACUCAGAAUCCAACCGACAUUGAAGUGUGCAAGUUAGAAAAGGGCAAGAUAUGUUUCUGUAGGCCAAACAUAGAGGUAUGUUACGCAGACAUUGACGAGUAUCUUCCAAAGUUAGACGAUAAGAGAUUGCUUCUUCAGGAGACUGUUUGUCAACGAGAUCGUUUAUUUAUAGAAAUUUUAGAGGAACUUAACUUGUGAUCAUAUCAGAAUAUUCAUUGGUCAAAUUCAGUGUGUACAUACUAGACAUAUAAAUUAUAGAAAUCUUAUUCCGCCAUUAUGAGUAUACUAAGAUCAUACAUAUUUAUUUACAGAAA